AUGCAGCUUAAGGCUGAAAAGGAUUCGAUUUUGGUCCAGCUCCAGCAAUCUACGAAGUUGGCCCACGAGAAGCCAGAGCUGGUCGAGCGACUUUUCGGAACAACUGGCUUCUCGGAGGUUUUUAGCAUCGCAGAUGACCUCAAGUUCAUGCGGAGUGUAGCAUCAAAGAAGAAGAAGGCGACUGAACGCGGUAGCAUCAAAUUGGAGAUCGGAUCUCUUUCCCAGUCCUUUGAUCGACUCAAUCUCAGAAAGAGUCUCAUCCAUCCCGCCCGAACUGCGCGAGAUAUCCUCACCAGGCCCUUUGAAGAAAUAUCAAACCCACCGCUCACUGUUUCCUACGACUUAAACGAUACGCGACUUCCUGGGAAGUUUCAGUUCAUCGAUCGAUACAUUAUCGGCUCCAAAGUCAAGAGAGCACCAGCAUCGACGAACUCCGGCUGCGAUUGCACAGAUUGCGCCUUAUCCACCUGUAAAUGCUUUACGAAGGGAUCUAAAGGAGAUGAGAAACAGGUCGAAGUCUACGUUCGCCGACCCGAUGGAAUUGUUGUUCUCUCGGACGAGUAUAUUGCUAAAGGUAUUGUUCCACAUGGGGAAGGCCGCCACGAAAUAACGGAAUGCAACGAGUUUUGCCGGUGCGGUGAUGAUUGCUGGAAUCGCGUCGUGUGCAAGGGUCGCACUGUCCCUCUUGAAAUCUUCCAGACUGAGAAGUGCGGCUUCGGAGUCCGUUCGUCGAAGGACAUUGUCAAAGGACAGUUCAUCGAACGGUACUUGGGCGAGGUCGUGACCGAAACGGAAUUGGAGAUUCGCGAAGAUGCUGCUGAAGAGCACCAACCUAGCUAUAUCUACACGCUGGACUGGUUCAAUGACGACUUGAAUUACAAGUUUAACCACGUCGACGGCAUGUACUUUGGAGGAGCCAUGCGAUUUGCCAAUCACAGCUGCAAUGCGAACGCCUGGUGUUUUCCUGUGCAGAGCCACAGAAAGGACAAGAGGGUGUACGACCUUGCCUUCUUCGCCAUCAAGGAUAUCAAAGCUGGCGUGGAGAUACGCAUCGACUAUCGACCCGACGGCGGCGCCGAUGACGAGAAGCCUUCAGAGGAUUUGGUCAGGUGCCAAUGUGGAGAAGAAAAUUGCCGAGGAAUCUUAUGGAAACCAGGUGUCAAGACCAGACGGAGAAGGAGAAGAGAGGGAUAG